CGUUGCUCGCUUGUAGUGGCGGUAUGAAAAAUGGCCAUCGUCAGAUUCGGUGAACUAUCGGACCCUUUUCACUUAAACGGUCCGUCUCAUUAACAAAGCGCGACAGCGAGCAAUGCGAGUCGGAGCGGCGACCGGCCCAAACCGGAGCUAGCCGGCGGUAGUUAGCAUGUUCCCCGGCCGCUGGAGCGGCUCUGUGUCCGGCUGAAGCAGAUGGGAGCCGCGGUGAAAUCAAGCAAAAGGCGGAAGACUGCGUAUCAACAGACACGGCUACAGCUAACUGUUCGCUCCGACAUGCAGGAAAACGGAAACCGACAGUGCAGGGUUUAAAGACAGCGAAGGGAACAUUUCGACUGGUGACCUCCUCCUUUAUGGAGCCACGACAGGACGGCUUGAACUGAGUCGGCUCCAACACUCGGCUGAACGCGGCGCUCACCCAAACUCAGGAUGGCGAGCAGGAGGAAGUCCACCAUCCCCUGCAUGGUUCCUCCCCGAGAAACUGUGGACUCGGACCAGGAGAUGGAGGAUGUAACAGGCGCGGCGGAUCCAGAGGACAGCAACGGCGCGGCAACCGUCUCCUCAGAGGCUUCCGGCCUGCUGGAGGAGCGAGGAGAGGAGGCCGACGGCAGGCGUGAGGUCGCAGCGUCGGACCCCUACCUGGACUUGAAUGCAGCGGAGGGAGGCUACGAGUGCAAAUACUGCAGCUUCCAGACGUCGGAGCUCAACCUGUUCACCAUGCACGUGGACACGGAGCAUCCCGACGUCGUCCUCAACACCUCCUAUGUCUGCAUGGAGUGUGACUACCACACCAAGAGCUACGACACGCUGCUGGCCCACAACGCUCGGCUGCACCCGGGCGAGGACAACUUCACGCGGACGAUGGUGAAGCGCAACAACGAGACCAUCUUCCAGCAGACGGUGAACGACCUGACCUUCGACGGCAGCUUCGUCAAAGUGGAGGAGGACGAGGCGGAGGAGACGGCGCGCAGAGGCAUCGCCUUCAGCAAGACGCCCAUCAUGAGGAACAAGAGCCGAGCUGAGCCCAAGAAGUUCACCGCCGCGCACAAGAUGGCCGUCGACGAUGUCAUCAAAGUGGAAAGCGACGACGAGGAUGAUGACAAGGAGCCGCCUGCGCUGUCGCCCGCGCCGACGGCCCCCGCUACCGUCGCCCCUCGCCUCAUCCCCAUCACCGCGCCGCUGCAGGUCCAGGCCGUGCCGCAGAGCAUCGUGGUGAACAGCCCCAACGUGCUGCAGAUUAAAGGCGGGGCCUCCCCCGCUGGUGGCGGCGUGCUGCCUCCGGGGACGCUGGCGCAGGUUCUGUCAGCCCUGCAGAGCCAGCAGAACAGCACGCAGACGCAGCUCCUCAUCCCCAUCAGCAGCAUCCCCACCUACAACGCAGCCAUGGACAACAACGUCCUGCUGGUCAGCGCCUACAACAGGUUUCCGUAUCCCUCGGUGUCGGAGAUCGUGGGCCUUUCGUCACAGACCAAGUUCAGCGAGGAGCAGAUCAAAGUCUGGUUUUCUGCUCAGAGGCUCAAACACGGAGUCAGCUGGACGCCGGAGGAGGUGGAGGAGGCGCGGAGGAAGAAGUUUAACGGCACAGUGCAGACCAUCCCUCAGACCAUCACAGUCAUCCCCGCUAACAUCGCCGCCACCACAAACGGCCUGCAGAACAUCUUCCAGACGUGUCAGAUCGUCGGUCAGCCGGGCCUCGUCCUCACUCAGGUGGCCGGGAACAGCGGCGCGGUCCCCGUCGCCUCUCCCAUCACGCUGACGGUCGCGGGUGUCCCCGGCAGCCAGCCCAAAGCCGCCGAGCCGUCUACGUCCGAAUCGAACGCCGAGAUGUCGUCUUCGUCGGCCGGCGUGUCGCUCGGUCUGGACUCGACCACAAGCAAGCCGAAGAAGUCCAAAGAGCAGCUGGCAGAGCUGAAGGCGAGCUACAGCCGGCGGCAGUUCGCCACCGAGGCGGAGAUCUCGCGCCUAAUGCAGGUCACCAAACUCUCCAAGCGAGCGAUAAAGAAGUGGUUCAGUGACACGCGCUACAACCAGAGGAACUCCAAGGACCACCACAGCCUGCUGCUGACGCAGGCCACGCCUGGCAGAGCCGCGGCCGGCGGCGGCCGAGGAGGAAGGAGCGGCGGCGGUGGCCUCAACAUCAACGAUAGCAACAACAGCGACAACACCUCCACCAUCGUCAUCGACUCCAGCGACGACGCCAGCGACUCCUCGCCGACCUCGGCCGGCGCUCCAGGCUCAGCCGGGUCCUCCAGCGACCUCCGCAUUAAAUUCCGCCACGCCUUCCCCGACUUCACGCCGCAGAAGUUCAAGGAAAAGACUCCGGAGCAGCUGCUCGUGCUGGAGGCCAGCUUCCAGAAGUCGGACACGCCCUCAGACGAGGAGCUGAGCCGGCUGCGGGCGGAGACGAAGCUGACGAGGCGCGAAGUAGACGCCUGGUUCACGGAGAGGAGGAAAAUACCGUCGGCGGGUCAGUCGAAGGACAGCGACGCAGAGGGAGACGACGAGAAGGCGAAACCGGCCGCCGCGCCUUCGCCCUCGGCUCAGGAACGACAGGGCACGCCUCCCAUCAGCAGGAAGUUGGUGAAGAAGACGCCGGAGCAGCUGCACAUCCUGAAGAAGGCCUUCGUCCACUCGCAGUGGCCGACGCCCGAGGAGUACGACCAGAUGGCGAAGGAGAGCGGGCUGCCGAGGACGUACAUCGUAAACUGGUUCGGAGACACGCGCUACGCCUGCAAGAACAGCAACCUGAAGUGGUACUACCUCUACCAGAGCGGCAAGGUGGACGAGGCGUUGAACGGCGGCGCAAAGAGCCAGAAGAAGUCAAGGAAGCGUUUCCGUGGUUGGUCCAGGAGGACGCGCCGGCCGUAUCCCUGCAAGCGCUCUCCACAGGGCGGCGACGGUGCCAUCAAGGUGAAGUCCGGUAAGGCUUUUCUGAAGGAGUACUACCUCAAGCACCGAGCCCUGAGCGAGAAGGACCUGGACGAGCUGGUGGCAAAGUCCAGCAUGAGCUACGAGCAGGUCAGAGACUGGUUCUCCGAGACCGCCAGGAGGGCGGAAGAGGGCACGGAGCUCUUCAGCGAUGAGGAGGCGGAGGAAGAGGACGAGGAAGAGGAGGAGGAGGCGACGGCGGAGCACGCAGACAGCGAGGGAGAAAUGGAGGUGAAAGAACAAGGAGAGGAGGCAUCGGACGACGACUGCGUGGAGGAAGACGAGAAGGACGCAGAAGAGGAGGAGGAUGAAGAGAUCCAGGAGGGAUCUGAAGGUUUCAGCCAAUCACAGCCUCAGGCAGAAGAGCAGACGUGAGCAGACAGGUUUAUCGUUGCUCCCCCCGCGCAGAGAUGACAGAGGAUGUGGUGUUUCUCAGUUGGUGGUUCGGGACCCAAAGAUGGCUGCGGUAAGGUCAGAUGGACAUUCGCUUGUCGAGCGGUGGGUUGGAGCCUCGGAGGCUUUGGGUCGCGGUGCAGCUGAGAAUCGCCGCGACGGAGGACGGAGCGUGUGGAUUUAGUCUGCCGGGGACCGAACGGCGCUGCGAUUCAGCUCUGCUCCUGUACAAACGACAAGCUUUUACUCUGACAGCGACUCGGCUUUUACUCAGAUUUUCAUACAGAACUAAAAAGAAAUCAGCGUUUGUAUAAAGACAGAAGUCCAGGACAUUUCUCAGAGGUCAGACCUCGCAUGGUUUUCUCUUUAUUAAAAGGACUUUUUUCAGAAUAACGGAGGAACCGCUGGACGUUUUUUCCGGAGGGAUCGUCCUCCGGCCCAGAAACACUCGGCUCCUCUGAAGAUGAGGUUUUUAAAACCGCUCCGAUCAGUGCCAUUCUGUUUCUACGAUUGUUUAAAUAAAGACAAACGCAGCGCUGGAAAGAGACCCACAGCAGACCUUUUGUAUUUUUCCAGGUGAUUUCUUAAAGUCUGAACAACAUAAAACAUAAUGGAAGCUGAAUCUGUUUUUGUUUUCAGGCGUUCAGGUUCAGUUUCAACAUGAUUUCAGUUUGAACCAAAACAACCAGAGAACACGUGACGCACCGUUAACGGGAAAAUCCACUUUAAAACUCAGAGCGUGGUCAGUUUUACCCUCUGCGGGGUAACCACAGACGAGCACGCCUCGACAUAAACAGAUUUUUGAUUCUCGCUGUUGUUUACUCGUCUGUGCCGACGGAAACUUUUAACCGCUGGUUUGAAGCUUCUAAUCAAACUACCUGCAUCACGACUGCACCGCUCACACCACCAGCAUCCACGGAUGGUGUUCGACGGAUGCUGGUCCAGAGGGUUUCAGCCUCAGGUGGGUCUCGCUCAUAGAUCCCAGGAUGCUAGAGGAGCGAUCCCGUUUGAUCCUGGUUACAGAGCGCUGCUCCAGCUCGUCCUCCUGUGGUGGGGGCGGGGCGGCUCCGGUCCCUGCAGGGCUGCAGUGCGAGCUUGGUUUGUUCCCUUCAGUGGACGGAAGAUCUGGGCUGAGCGAUGGCCUCCACCUCUGGGUUGGUCCACUGGGUUGGUCUUCAGCCGCAGGUCAGCUGGGUCCAGAAUCAGCGAAUCAGCGGGCUGGGAGUGAGAAGCCGCUCCAAGUUUGUCUGCAGGAACGGGACAGUUUGUCUGUCAGUUUUCCAGAUGCUCUGCGUUCCCUGACCCCUGCUGACGGGCUGCGAGUGGUGACCGCAGGUCGGUCGCCUCCUGACCGCCCUGAAAGGAGGCAGCCGAGGUGGCUCGGACUCCCGAACACCUAUCAGAGGUGUGGCCAGGACACACUGGAGAGGUAACAGGUGAGCUGUGAUCCAGCUCAGCGCUCGGACAGAACAGGGACAUCACCGGACGUGUCACAGAGCAAAAACUAAAAGUUCAGAUGGAAGUGGAUUUUUCCUUUAACGCUGUGCGGACACAGACUCGCUGCUCGGAUGAUUUUUUUUCUGGGUUUUUUAAAAAAAAUAAUCGGAACUUUACAAACCGAUGAAGUUGAGAAACGUUUGAACCUGAGCGCCGCCUCCUCGUCUCCUCGUCCAAAAAGCAAACACACACAGGCAGGUGCGCUCUACUUCAGGAAACAGGCAACUUUACCUCAGUCAGUUAAACUACAAACUCGGCAAGAUUGUGACAUUUACACUCGACGACAGGUUUCUCCUUUACUGUAUGCAUGAAAAUAAUUAUGUCUUUCAGACAGCGUUCGCCACCACAGGCAGCGAAUCGCUUCAAAGAGGAACAGCAGAAGAAGACAUAGUUAUUACUGCAUUUAUUAGCUCAAAUACGGGUGAACUAGUUAAACGAGAUCUUUCAGGUUUCCUCGAAUUAAAGACGAUAUUUUAGGGACAAUAAACCACCAGGCUCAGUUCUUACGGGAGCUUUUUAACUUUUCAUAUGGGGGGAAAAAGCUUUUAUUUUGCUUUUCUGUGCUCUUCCUGUGGUGAGGGAACCUCGUAGGUCUCUGAUAGGAUAUGCAACCAUCAAGGAACAAUCAGCAGGUGGAGGUGGGCAGUAAAAUCUUCUCUGUAACCUUUCAACCACUCGUCCUCUUCUUCUUUAAAUCGCUUUAAUAGUCGACGGUUUUUAGUAGUUAAUUUAUUUAUUAUAUCUGGACUUUCAUGGAUCUUUUUUUGUCUGCAAGCAAAAAAUAAAAAGUGAAAAAACGA